UCACUUUCUUAUCAGUCAUUGAGUUCAUGGUUUUUUUGUUACACUGACUUGGACCAUGAUGAUACUAGCCAUAUUUGGCGAGUCAAAAGCGUGUGCUGACAACAACAUAGCCUUGUGACAACCUUAAACUGUUGCAGUCAAUGAUCUUUUUCACCAUCAACCACCAUGGAGCUAUCGUUGACCCUCAGAUCACAAUCACAGUGUCUUUCUUUUUCUUCUCCAUUUCCACGCACAAUACCCAUUUCACCAAAACUCAACAAACCCACCUCACUCACGGUGAGGGCCAAGAAAAAACCAUCAUCCAUUGAAGGUGUCAGCGAUGAGUUGAACGCCAUCGCUUCUCAGAACCUGGACUUCGCACCCUCCCGGAGAAGGGUCCGAGAAGCCUUCACUGAGGUGCAUCAGCAACUUGAUCAUUACUUAUUCAAGAAUGCUCCUGCUGGGAUCAGAACUGAAGAAUGGUACGAAAGGAAUUCGAGGGGGUUGGAAAUUUUCUGCAAAAGCUGGAUGCCAGAGCCUGGAGUUCCUAUCAAGGGGGCUUUGUGUUUCUGCCAUGGGUAUGGGGGUACUUGCACUUUCUUCUUUGAAGGUAUUGCCAAGCAAUUUGCUGCUUCUGGAUAUGGUGUUUAUGCUAUGGACUUUCCCGGUUUUGGUCUAUCUGAAGGAUUGCAUGGUUACAUACCGAAUUUCGAUGAUUUGGUCGAUGACGUUAUAGAACAAUAUACAAAAAUUAAGGCAAGGCCUGAGGUGAGAGAGUUACCUCGAUUUAUAAUGGGGCAGUCAAUGGGGGGAGCAAUUGCUCUUAAAGUUCAUUUGAAGGAACCAAGUGAUUGGGAUGGAGUUAUCCUUGUAGCACCAAUGUGUAAAAUUGCAGAUGAAAUGCUACCAUCAACUACAACUUUGAAGGUAUUAAAUCUUUUGUCUAAAGUGACACCAAAGGCAAAACUCUUCCCAUACAAAGAUCUAAAUGAGUUCAUUUUCCGGGAACCUGGCAAGAGAAAAUUGGCCGUUUACAAUGUUAUUUCUUAUGAUGAUAAAACGCGAUUGAAAACUGGGAUGGAACUCUUAAGUGCCACACAAGAUAUUGAGUCACAAUUACAGAAGGUUUCAGCUCCAUUAUUGAUUCUUCAUGGAGCAGAAGAUAAGGUGACAGACCCAUUAGUGAGCCAAUUUCUAUAUGAGAAAGCGUCUAGCAAGGAUAAGACACUGAAGAUUUAUGAAGAAGGUUACCAUGGCAUUAUGGAAGGGGAACCUGAUGAUAGAAUUUUUGCUGUACAUAAUGACAUUAUCUCAUGGCUUGAUUUUAGGUGCUUGUUAAUUAAUUAAGUUGAGGUUCAUGUUAUGAUAUAACGGUUCCUUCACUAAAGUUACCUCACAGGAAUGGCAACUAGCUAUGUUGUCUUCUAUUAUGGUUGUUAGAUGUAAUUGUAAAUGUGAAAUUUAGCAUUAAACAUUACCAUAGGCUUAUUAUAUUUUCUAACUGGGUGUAAUGUGAUCCUGCCUAGUGCCCUUUGUUGUGAGCCAUAUCAGCAAUAAAGUUUCAUUACUCAAUA